AUGUCUUCCACCUCUCCCCGUGAUCCCACGCGUCUUCGCCAUGCCCUUCAUCCGCUCUCAACCACGUCCUUAGCGGGCUACGGUAACCAGCUCGUCUCGCCCAUAUCCGCUGUGUCCAUGGCUUCCUCUCAUGUCCAGACGAUACACACGCCUGGCAGCGCCAUCCUGCCGUACAAUCCGCAGGAAUGGGUAGCAUCGCCAGCCGCCAUGGCAGCGACAGAGCGACCUCUGCAAUUUGAAAUGACAGCUUCACCAUCAAACCCGCCUCCGCCUCCGCCAUACACUCCUAGGAGAAGCAUGCAGCAACCUCGUCCCGUCAGUAUGGCUUUCGACUACUCACCGGCGCAAGUGGCCGCCGCUACUACUUCGCGCUUCUCUAACAUGCUGGGCCACCGGCCCUCUCCCGAGCCUCCAGCUGCUGCUACCCGCUCAUUUCCUCCCCCGCCGGGUGUGAGUGGUAGGGGAAGUUCUCGAGAGCGUCUCUUUGCACUGGCAUCUUUGGGAAGACGGAGAGACACCGAAUCUGCCAGCCCCCCAGAGCCGAUGCCCGCGUCUAGACGGAGCGUUGGGCCUGCCUUAUUCCACGCCUUGGAGCAAGAACGAGCCGCAGCUACAUCUGCUAUCAACGUUGACGCAUUUCCGCCAGCAUCUCGUAGAGCUGCCUCCACAGGCGCCAUCGAUACGCCGACGUCUGCCCGCUCACGGUCUACUUCUCAGACGAGGUGGGAGCCUGGCAUGCCACUCCCUCCGCCUCCGCCUGGGCCACCUCCGCCGCCUUCGUCGAGCAGAUCACAAAGCGUACAGGGCAUGGACAGGAACAAUGUGCCCAUCAUUUCCCCACCAACUCGCAGGCCUCCCCCUUCCGGUAUAUCGUCCCUAGGACCCGUUCCUCCAACGCCCGCCGACUGGGUUGACAGUGACACGCCGCCGGCCGCUCGGCCUCAGACUCAAGUAUCCUCUGCGCAGUUACAUCCUCUCGCGUCCGUCCAGACCGGCGAGUCGUCACGACAAAUACAGCUACCGCAGCCCACUGAGCCAGCAAAAGGGCGCGCAAGUGGCUUGAACCGUGCCAAGGCCGUGCGCCAUGACAAGACCAUCCUCCAGAGGAGAAGCGAGAGCCGUUCUCGACAUGAAUCCAGGGGAUCUAUUGAUAGCACGUUACAAGGACAGCAUAUUGCCGACAUUAUUGUUCCCCCGGCUGGUGGCCUGGCCCGUAAGCUUACUGUUGGCAAGACAACUCCCCGGAGCAGUGGGAAAGCCCCCAUGGACCAACCUCUUACCGGGGAAUCAUCAAAUUCCCGUAAUUCGACACCUCGGGCACCGGAUUCGGCGACAUUGCUACACCACGAAGCAGCCACGCCACCGUUCUCGCCAAUGCCGGCCAAGGCCUACCGACAACGCGGCGGAAGCCAAGGUGCUGUGCCAAAAUCUCUCCCGACUCCGCCGCCUCAGACCAGGUCUGCCUCUGGAUCGAUGAUUGCUGAGGCUUCACGCCUCUCUGCGUCCAUGGCGGCGUCGCCAUCCAAAGAAGUGAUUGUGAACCAGAGCGCUGCUGAAUUCGCAACUGGCACCAUCGAACGGUUUCGAUCAUUUGCGAUUAAAGAAGCCUCGGCUGCCACAGACGCAGACCGAGUCCGUCUCUUUUCAGAUUUCAUAGUCACCGAGUCCAGAAUUCGACGUGAGAGAUACUCGUCCGCUAUUGGCGCUAUGGGAUCUGAGAUCUUCGAUUUGAGCCGUGAUCUAUUUCGCCCCAUGAACGCUGCCCGGCGAGAGUCGAUGACUUCACAGUCUCUGGGCGAUUGGACUCCGGAGUCUUCGGAACCAAACCGAUCGCACCGGGGGUCUGUCAGUUCUGUCCACCAGGCUGACGACUCAUCGAGCUCGGCCCCAGCAUCUGGCAGCCUCCCGCCAUCCCCUGGGAUAAAGCAACCUCUUAACUGGGGCGGCACCGCAAAUUAUAUGCCCUCCCUCUCCCCCAUCCUUAGCAUGAGCGUGAGUGACAACCAUGAGAAUAGCUCACGUGGGAGACCUCCCAGUCGAUGGUGGGAAACGGAUUCAAAUGGUGACCCGAAUCGUGGUGGUUUUGAAAGAUCCAAGCGUGAGUCCAAGUACAUGGGUGUUCCCAAGGACCAGUGGAUCGAAGAUGAGCAGAAUACUCCGCAUUAUGCGACUAUAAGCGAGCAAGGCUCUUCGUCAGAGUAUCCUCCGGAAAAGACAGGCUGGCAUGACCAGGGAGAGGCGGUAUGGACUCCUCAGCCGUCAAACACCUCCGUGGCCUCUACUCCGUCGACGGCGACAAACAGGCAUGGGCUUUUGGAUGUUUCCAGAUUGGUCACCAUGCCACCCCCUUACCCAAGGCAUCAUCCUGCGGUGAAUAAUAACCACCCUGAGCUGACAUCGAUUCGCACCUCUGUACGAUCUUUGAGCGAGCUGGCGGAUAUUGAGGGGUCAAAAGAGAGAUUUGCUUCUAGCAGCCUCCGGCGCCGAGAGGAGGCUACCAAGGCAGCAGGAGAGCGUCGCCUGGCGCUGAGGUCCAACCUGCAGAAAGAAAUCAACUCGGGAAAUCUGGGGUACGCUGAUGCCGCGGCGAUUGAAUCCGACUUUAAUGAACAGGAGAAGGAUAAGAAGAAGGAGAUUGAGAAGCUGGAAUACGAGCAUUUUCAGAACCAAGUGGUACUGCCGUUGAACGACAUUCUGACGGAGCGAAUCACUCGAGCGACAGAGCUAUUCGAUGAUCUAGCACGGCACUUAUUCGACAGCAGCGAGAUCGAUGCCGACAUGCCCCAAGAAGAAGGAGACGAUAAGCCCGAGCUAUUAGAGAAACUGACUCUCCUCAAAUGGAUCUUUGAGCAGCGCGAGUCUUUGCACCGGGCCAUCUACGACUUGCUAUCGGACCGCAAUGCCCGAUACCGUGACGUUGUGCUGACACCAUAUCGACUGUCUGGCAACACGGAGAAACUCAAGUCGGCAGAGGCAUUUUUCAGAGAGGACGCAGAGAAGCGAGAAUACGCGUAUGCCAAUGAGGUACUAAACCGGGCACGUGAAUUCAGAUCCGUGAUGGAAGAGGCAGUUGCGCGUGGCAUCGAGCUACAGCUUUCGGCGUUUUGGGACAUCGCACCGCCGCUCUGCGGUCUUUUGGAUACUAUCCCGAUGGAUCUGGAGGAUUUUGGUGUUCAAAUUCCAGCUUCAGAGUACGAGGAGAACCCGGCGUAUCAUGAUCAUCCGCUACAGUACCUCUACAGCCUGCUACUCCAUGCCGAGAAGAGUACCUAUCAAUUCAUCGAGGCGCACACAAACCAGCUGUGUCUUCUUCACGAGGUCAAGGAGGCGGUUGUCAAUGCCAAAGCAAGGGUACUUGCAACGCAGCUUGCCGAAGCCGACGGUACACCGAUCCGACCUGAGGAUCGAGAGCUACGGGCCAAGCAGAUGCGAGAGGUGGAGAAUCGCCGUCUGACGGAGGAUCUCAAAGAAAAAGUACGGGUUGUACAGGACCAGUGGAACAGCUCACUGGGAACGGCCAUGGCGGCAGUGAAGCAGCGGGCUGGGGAGUGGCUGCUGCAGACGGGAGGAUGGGACGAGUCCCUGGAAGAUAACGGAGUUGGCGUGGUGUGA